AUGGAGUGUGCCAGUCGUGGCUUGGCGUUCCAUAGCUAUCAGACGUCGCAGGAGAUCAUCUAUCAGGAGCACCUCGCGAAAGGUUUGACUGGCAAGUACGAUACGCUCAGUCAACAGAUGGAUCAGCUCGUGCACGAUGCGAAUUCGCAGAUCAAGGCAUUGCAAGACAAGAUGCAGGCCAUGCAAGCCGAACAGGAGGAUCUCGAGGACAAAAACCAUCAACUUCAGAAAGCCUUCAAAGAGAAGACGAAAGCGCAUGCGCAGACCCAAGCGCACUACCAGCAAUUGAAAAGCAAGGUCAUGGCAACGGAGGUAGCUCAUGCUGCUGGUGAUGAGGCGGCGUACACGAUCCAGACUGCUCGUGGAGACCGGUUCAUCGACCGCCUUCCUGGCACGCGGACCGGAACGGCCAGCUACAGUCAGAUGAACAUGUCGCAGCAGGCCGGUGGUGGUAAACCGCACAACAGAGACUUUAGUAGGAGUUCUGGGAGCAGUGGACGGCAGCAGCAGGGCGGUGUCCAUCUCGGGCCUCCGUUCGAUCCACAGUUGCAGAGACGAGGACUGGGUGUGAGGAACAACACUGGUCUCGGGACGCCUUCGCAAGCUCAUAGGAGCCAGCUUCCGGUUCUCGGUGGUUCACGCCAGCCCCCUCCAUAUUUGAGUCAGGAUGCGCAUUCCUCGUACCAAAACUCGCCGAUGACCAGGCAGCCUCUUGCCAGUGGUGCACGUGGUCUGGGUAACUUUAUGCUGGGCAAGUCGUCAAGGAGGACUGGUGGCACCGCCAAUACUGGUCCGCUAGGAAGAUGA